GCCGGGGUGCGUCAGACGGUUGGGUUUCGUCCUGUGUAAGGAGCGUUUUCUGUAGACGGGGCAAUGAAAUUUCCUUCUUCUGAAGAUGUGGAGGCCUGUGCGUCUGCGAAGCUGUUGAGGAGCAUGGCUGCUAAGAAAUUAAGAAGAACACAGUUGUCUCAGGAGCUGUGUGAGAGGCUGAGUCGCUGUCAGAUCACUACCUGUCAGGACUUUUUAUGUCUUUCCCUCUUGGAGCUAAUGAAAGUGACGGGCCAGAGCUACUAUGAGGUGCAGAAGCUUCUUUGUAAAGUCAGCCGAGCUUGUGCUCCCAAAAUGCAGACAGCUUAUGAAAUGAAACUAAGGAAGUCUGUCAGUCCUUCUUCAGCCUUUUUAUCCACCACGCUGUGUAGUUUGGAUAGAGUCUUGCAUGGUGGAGUACCCUGUGGGUCCCUCACAGAGAUAACUAGCCCACCAGGUUGUGGCAAAACUCAAUUUUGUAUUAUGCUGAGUGUUCUGGCUACACUGCCUCUAAGCAUGGGAGGACUAGAUGGGGCAGUUAUAUACAUUGACACAGAGUCUACAUUCAGUGCUGAAAGGUUGAUUGAGAUAGCAGGAAACAGAUUCCCUACUUAUUUUGACUCGGAUGAAAAGGUGUUCUGCAUGACCCGUAGCAUUCACCUCUAUCGAGAACUGACCUGUUGCAGUGUACUGCAGAGGAUUAUGUCUUUGGAAGAAGAAAUUAUUUCAAAGAAAGUUAAACUCAUAAUAAUUGACUCUGUCGCUUCAGUUGUCAGAAAGGAGUUUGACACAAAACUUCAAGGCAAUCUGGCAGAGAGAAGUAACUUUUUGACUAGAGGAGCAUCAGUGUUGAAGUAUUUGGCAGAGGAGUUCUCAAUACCAGUUAUCUUGACGAAUCAGAUUACCACAUCGCUGAGCAAUGGCCCUGUGAUCCAGGCAGACCUGGUGUCUCCAGCUGAUGAUUUGUCCCUGUCUGAAGUCCUGGUGCCAAAUGGAGUGAAAACACUGAAGGAAUUAUCAAGUGAACUGAGGAGCCCCCAGAGAUCAGAGGCUGUUGGGGCUUCUGUAAGUGGGAAGAGGGAUUCUGGUUGUGUGACAGCAGCCCUUGGCAACACGUGGAGUCACAGCGUCAACACCAGGCUCAUACUACAAUAUCAUGACUUGCCAAAAAGACAGCUCCUGGUUGCUAAAUCGCCUGUUUCUCCAUUCUCCGCUUUUUUCUACACCAUUGAGAAAUCAGGCUUGGUUCUUCAGGAAAUUCCCCUCAUCUCAAAUUAGAGAAAGGAGGCCAGGAGGCCAGGGUCGGCAUUCUUUGCCUCGGUGACCCAGCAGUAACCAAACAAGGAGACAGGCAAUGUGAGUAUGAACCAGUCAUCUUGAAGCUUAGGAUCUGGAGACUGAGAGCUCCAGGUGGAUAAAUAGUGGGCCUCUGUUUCUGAUAUGGGAUAAACCCAAACCUCACAGCUCCCCAUGACAAUUAUCUGGGGUCAGCUGAGAGGGGGACUCAGUACCAAAUCAUCAGUGGCACUGUUUCUCUCCUCCAGGCAGUGACAUUGUGUUGAUUUGGCCUUUUCUUUCCACUCUCACAAAGCUACAGAAAGCUGUGGAGCAGACUUCUUGGACUUGCUGAGGACAAAAACCUCCUUUGCUUGCUGCAUCCUUUUUCUAAAUAGCAUGGAUGCCUGUCAGAAACAUUCUGAAACGUUGUUUGGAUUUGAUUUUUAUAUACCUUUUCCUCUAGCAAAGUGCCUGCAAGUUCAGUACAAACAGAUGAACAGAGUCAAGCACAGCUCGUAGCCUAGCUACAUACUUCAGUCUUUGCUCUGAACUACUGAGGUUUUGGAUGAUGUCACUCUGGUCUCCUGAGGGCUGCUGUUGUCAUCAGAUAGUGAGGUCGAUAAGCCACAUGUUAUGAUGAGGUAUGCUGUUUGGUUCAAUCACAGUAUCAUGCAUGAAGAGGAAAGAAAGCAGUGUAUUUCCUGGUACAGUACCUUGAUAAGGCUCUCACUGCUUCAUAGGUAUUUCCACCACACUGUCCUCUCUGCUCAGCACACUGACAAUCAGGUUGCUGACAAUCUGAAAGUAGAAACAGUGCUAGGGUGCAGAACUCAGCUCCUCCACCAAAAACAUGUUUCUUUCUUUCUUUCUUUCUUUCUUUUCCUGAUCUCAAUUUCACUCUCUCUUUUUU